AUGGCCUCCAGUUCUGCAACUUCUAAUGCUGAAUCUGAGAAUAAAAUCAAAAGGAGAAGAGGCGAGAAGGAGAGGCCCAAGGACGUUAAGACAGCCAGCCAGAAGAACCUGUCCCAGAAUCCCAAGGUCACCUCCCUCAAAGACCUCCCAAAGCUGGAAGGAAGGAAGCAAACAAAGAAAAGCAAUGUAUGGACCAUCGAUCACUCUGAAGAGACAAAGCUGUGGAUGAGCAAGCCAAGGAGCUCCAGUUAUCGUCCUGAAGACCUCGAAGCCUUCUUCCGACUUCUGGAGGAUCCCAUCAUCAAGAGCCUCUUGGAAGCCGAUAUUUACUUCAGAGUGUCUGACAAGUACCUGCUUUCCAUGGUGGUAGAAUAUUUCGGCCGUGUUGGGCUGCCUGGACAUCUCUACAAUAGAAUCCACUUCUUUCUGGCCCUGUAUAUUGCCUGUGAUAUGGAGGAGGAUGACCCCAUCUCCAAGUGGAGUAUUUUCCAGACCCUGCUGGGCAAAAGAUUCUUGGAUGAAAUAUCCAAGAAAUUUCUGAAGCUGAGGAUGGAGUUCUUCUAUGCCAUGGGACACCGAGCCUGGGUCAGCCGAGAGCUCUGUGAGGAGAUCCAGUCUCAGAACCCACAGCACUGGGUCUGGAGCCGGGUGCGCCAGUGCACCCCCUAG